AUGUGCUGCCCUCAGGUCAGGAAUCAUGUGAUUUUUGGUAUAGUGAAUGGCACAGAAGCAAAACCCCACUCCAGACCUUACAUGGUUUCUCUUCAGUUGAAUAAGACACAUAUCUGUGGUGGAUUCCUCAUUUCUGAUGAGUUUGUGUUGACUGCUGCACAUUGCUGGAAUGGAACUCAGAUUCUGACGGUUGUGGUUGGUGCUCAUGACUUCAGGAACAAAAAGAAAAGAAAAAAAGACGUAGGGGCAACUCAGUGUCUCCACCCACCUAUAUUUAUAGUGUUUUGUCAGUCAGAGCUCACUGUCUUCAUGAUGAUCAUCAUCUCUCUGCUCCUGCUGGCCUCUCUGCUGCCACACCUGACCUUCACUGCUCGUGUGGAUGUUGGUAUAGUGAAUGGCCGGGUAGCAAAACCCCACUCCAGACCUUACAUGGUUUCUCUUCAGAUUAACAAGGAACAUAUCUGUGGUGGAUUUCUCAUUCAUAACCAGUUUGUCUUGACUGCUGCACAUUGCAGACAAAAAAAUACGAUACUGACAGCUGUGAUUGGGGCACAUCGCCUAAAGAAUGAGAAUGAGGGGUCUGUACGCAUCGCAGUGAAGUCUUACCACAAGCAUCCAGGCUAUAAGCCUGGCAGACCUUCAUUCCUGAAUGACAUUAUGCUUUUGAGGCUACAAAAAAAAGUCAAAGAAAACAAUAAAGUCAAGAUUAUUAAAAUACCAAGACAAAAGGGAGACAUCAAAGCUGAUUCUGUCUGUAGUGUCACUGGCUGGGGAAGCCUACGGACUAAUGGCUCAGCUAAUGAUCGUCUAAUGGAGAUGAAGGUGUAUAUAAUGGAUAACACAGAAUGUGAAACAAGAUGGGGAGAGAUCUACUCAGUUCCAAAGAUGAUGUGUACAUAUGGCAUUGGUGGAUUCUGUGAUGGAGAUUCUGGGGGUCCGUUAGUUUGUGGAGACACUGCAGUUGGUAUCGUAUCAUUUCAUGUCUUGGAUCUCUGCAAUUCGCCUAUGUAUCCUAAUGUGUAUACUAAGAUUUCACCUUAUCUGGAGUGGAUCAACAAAAUAAUAAAAAAUGUCAAGUGAAUUCAUGAAUUUAUUUCAAUAAAUGUAUCACAUGAAAAUCAUCAAUCAUUUGAUGUGUUAUCUGUCACGUCCAUGGACUUUGUGUGUUUUUCUCCCAAUGUCCUCCAUUGUGACCUAGUUUCUCCCUCUCGUUGAGUUUCUUAUUUGUUUCAUCUGUGCCCUGUUCAUUACCUCUCGUUAAGCCCUGUAUUUAUAGUGUUGUCUGCCUCUUGAUUCCUUUUUUCUGCUGUUAAACAUCCGUGUUAUGUGCUACAGUACUUGAGUGUUCCUGCCAAGCUCUGUGA